AUGAGGGCCACCCGUUCUUUACUACACGCGCUAUCCCAGCGCCCCAGCAGCGCCUCGCCAUCGAAACUCCACGCCGCAGCUCGUGCAUUCAAUACCUCACGCGCUCUGCGACAAUCACCAGCAGGCCAUGAACUAGAAGACCGACCCGUGAAUUUUUACCGCUCACACGGCCGCGCACUCUUCAAAGCUCUGACUCUCGCGUUCUUCAGCUAUCAGGUCGUGUACUGGAGCUGGUUGACCUUGGAGACGGAGGAGCUAAAAGCCAAUAAGGACCAGGAGAUCAAGAGCUUGGAAACUCAGGUUAGGUUGUUGGACGAGACUCGGAAGGGACAGAGCCGCCGAGCUGAAGACUAG